AGUUCAGUGGGGUAUAAAAUACUGAAGACAACUUUAUCUACUAAAUCACUUAUUUGAUGAAAUUUAUUAUCAUUGAUAAUCAAAUAUGAAUUGUUCAUUAACUUCCUUUAAUUCAUUCUUUGGACUAAGUAAAUAUGAAAAACCUGGCGAUUUCAAUUGCUUUAGAACUUGAAUAUUUUUUAUUUUUCAUUUUUCUCCUUUUAAUAAAAGAGUGUUCUACUUUUCAGUGAUGUUUCUUUCAAUAGUAGUUUCAGCAUGCGAAAUGUACUAUUUCGCUGUUAUUACUACUGUUGAAAAAGCUCUUGGAUUAUCUAGUAAACAAUCCGCAUUAUUAAUAUCUCUCAAAGAAACUGUUUAUUUAGUUGGAACUUUACUGUUAAGCGAUAUUCUGAGUAAAAUUCAUAGGCCUAGGACUCUGGCGGGUUUAAUUGCUGUUAUCGGUUUUGGAAGUCUUUUAACCUCUUUGUCACCUAUGUUUGCUGAUAAAGCUGGUGUUGAAAUUGUAAAUCAUACUGGAAACCUUCACAAUAAUUCAAAUCAGACGAACUUUUGCAAUCCACAAUCCGAUUCAUUAUAUUGUCAAAAUGAAGUUAUGAAUCCUACAGGGAAAUUCAAUAUUGGAGCAUAUAUUGUUUUAUUUUUGGGAUUAUGUUUGGUAUCAAUUGUUUUAGGGCCUUUUCAUCCCAUUUCUACAGCUUUUAUUCAUGAUAGUACUAGUAAUAAGGCAGCUCCUGUUUACCUUGGCAUAUUUAAUGCAGCCCUUCCGAUUGGGCCAGUACUAUCACUGUCAUUAUCAGCCUAUAUCCUCUCAACUUUUAGGAUCGAUUUGUCAUUAGCUGAACCAGGUGACGUCGAUAGAUCAGAUUGGAUAGGAGCCUGGUGGUUUGGUUACGCACUAUUCGCUCCAAUAUGCAUAAUCAUUCCAAUUUUUAUGUGCUUCUGUCCGAGAAGCUUUAAGAAACUUGAAAGGGAAAACGACGAUAAAAACGACGAUAAGAAAAGCGUGAAAUUUUCCCGAAAGGCUUACCUAAAAAAUGUAUUAAGAAGAUGUUUAAAGUUGUUAAUUAAUCCAAUUUAUAUCUGCUUAACGACUUCCGUUAUCUUUCAUUUAAUAUUUGUUGCUGGAAUUCUUCCAUUCAUUCCAAAAUACUUUGAAACUCAAUAUUUUUUCUCAACCUCUCAAGCAAACCUUGUUACAGGUAUAUUUGCUGUUGGAGCAGCUCUAGGAAUGGUAAUGGGUGGAGCAAUGCAAACUUUAUUCAAACUUAAGCCUAGAGGUCAAUUAGCACUUUGCGUUAUUUCGAACAUCACAGUAUUUACAACGCAGUUCAUUGUUUUAUUCAUCUCUUGUAAUGACGAAAAGGUCCGAAUGGAUACAAACGUUGUCGAUUACGAGAGUAUAGCGAAUAAGUCUUGUUUGGAGUAUUGUAAUUGCGAUAAAUAUCUAUACGAACCAGUUUGUUCUUCCGACGGCUCCACUUAUUUUUCAUCUUGUUACGCUGGCUGUUCAACUUUUAACGAAACGACAAAGGAAUACGGCAACUGCAUUUGCCUAGAGGAUACCUUAAAAGUGGCUACUUUAGGAGCCUGCAACGUGGAUUGCUCGAUUAGAGUAUGGGGAGUGAUUCUGUUUAUUAUAUCGUCGGUCGUAGGAUUUAUGUGCGAAAUUCCCGCUUUAACCUUGUGGUUCAGUUAUAUUGAAGCAGAAGACAAGACAUUAGGUAUAGCAUUGGCUUCGGUUUUAAGUUCCUUUUUGGCGUUUAUGCCGUCUCCGCUUAUUUACGGAAAUGCGUUUGAUAAGAGUUGUUCAAUGUGGAAAGAAAAUUGCCAAUUGGAGAGGGAAAAUUGCCUUAUCUACGAUCGUUCAGCAGUCAGGCACAACAUUGUAACGUUGAAUAUCAUAUUCACCGCUUUGUCAUUUAUCAUUCUACUGCCUUGUAUUUAUUUUAUAAGAAAAUAUCCGACUAAAGAUGGCGAAGCAAAGGAAACGAAUGUACAUGCGGAAGAUGUUAAUAUGUCAUUAACUGGAGCCUCAUAGGAAAAAUGUAUGAAGACAAUCUUCUAAAGGUACAAAUUCAACAUGCACUUACAUUUAAUUCUCUGUGCGACAGAAGAUGGCGCUCCAUAUCUUUAUGUGUAACGUGAUAGUUAUAUAAUAAAAUUAACUUAAGGUGAAUUACAGAUGUUUGAAAGAAUGUUAAAAUGAUGAAAGAAGAAUAAUUAAUAAAUUUAACGUAUAGCUUAAAGUGUUGAAUUAUUUAUCGAUAUUUAUUUACAUAAAAAUUUCAUUUUAUUAAGAACGUUUCACCCAUGCAAAGAAAAAAGGGGCGGGGCAGCAGAGAACCCGAAAGAGACAAUGCAAGAGAAUUGAAAGCUAAUUAUAAAAGACAUUAUGGAAAUUUAAGCUAAACUUCUUGGUUUUUUACCAAAGAAAGGUACAUUAUCUCUUUCACUUAUAGUUUUAUAACUAUUUAGGCGAGAGGGGGAACUGAAGGACCAAAAAGGAAAAGAAAGUGAUGGAGGAGGAAGUGAUUAGAAAUCUAUUACAUUUGAGGAAAUAAAAUUACUAGGAGGAUACAUUUCACGGGAAAUCAAAUUUACUUGGACAAUCUCGCAAAGCUUUCUAUCA